UUCUCUCUCUCUCUCUCGCCGAGACCCUUUUCUCUCAUUCCUCCUCCUCCUCCUCCUCCUCCCAAAGCCCGUCCAGCUUCUCCAUUUUGUUCUGAUUCCCGAACUCAAACAAAAAAAAUUCCAGCUUUUGCUCUUCACUUUGGGCUUGCUCUGUUCUUCCCCUGCUCUAGGCUCGAAAGAGGAAAAGCUCUUUUUUUCUCGGGCUUUCUUCCAAUUCCUUUCUCGCCGGUUCUCUCUUUCCCCCCCACGCUGAAGGGUCAUGGGUUUCUCGGAGAAGCCACAGGUGGGGAGCGCGUGCGUAGAAUCCGAGGGAAACAAGAAGUGGGUGAUCGCCGGAAUCUCCAUACGAGCCUCGCUCAAGCCUGUGAGCACCGAGCCGAAGCCCAGGACGAACAGAGACGACGCGGAUGAGGAAGAGAGGGAGACGCCCUCCACGACCCCGACGUCGAAAGAAUCCAGGAUAGCCGAGAAACUGCAGUGCCCGCCCGCCCCGAGAAAGAGGAGGCCCUCGUCGUCGAGGUGUCAUUUCAAUGGCGUCAGGGAGUUCUUCAAUCCUCCCGACUUGGAAUCAGUGUUCAAGCGCCAUGUCGAGAGGACAAACUGAAGAAGAAGAAAGUAGUUUUCGUUAAUUUUUAGGAGGAAGCAGUUUUUUUUUUUUUUUUUUGAGUCAUGAGUUUCUACUGAUUGUUCCUUUGUUUUUGUAAUCUCCUCUGCAGAGAGAAGCUGACGGUGUACUAUAGAUUUAUUACGUCAUAAUGACUUCGUGAGAUAAUUGUGGUUAGUUUGUAUUAGUCCACAGGCUUGCUUUUUAUGAACAAUUUUGGGGUGCUUUACUUGA